UUCGCGCAUGCGCAGCACCCACCGCUGUCUAACCUUCAGCUGACGAGUUCAUAGACUACGUUCGCAAAACAUUCCGUAAAUAAACAAAUAGUUAACUAAAUAUUAAAAUACUCAAAUUAAUUUUAAGACUAUAAUGACUAUUCAAACAACUACCGCCCGAAAACGCAGCAAACCACCCACAAAGAACGAUGAAGCAUUGCCAGAAAACACAACUCCAUCAUUACGUUAUGGACCCAUGCCCCGAUUUCCACACCAACGCGUCUGGAGCAGAGGCAUCAUCAUUGUUGGUGUCAUGAUUUACAUUUGGUACUUUUCCAAAGUCUCCAAAGAAACAGUUCUUGCCUCACAGAAAGAUACACUACAGAAUAGAGGGCAACAGUUUGAUUGUGAUGCUGCAUAUCUGACUGAUAUUAAUAAAUUUCACAACUGUAUACCAAAGAGAUGUGGCAGAUAUGUCACUGAUGUACUGUUAUUAUCAUCAGAAGCAAGGAAGUUGUUAGAGAUGGCAAAGACUGGUUUUGAACUAAGUAGCACAAAGGGUAGUGCUUCUAUAUUUGACAUUCACUCAGGAGCAAUCACAAUGGAUGAUAAAUUUGUUAAUAUACACUCACUACCAGACUCAAAGAAAGUUUUCAAGCAGGAAUUCAUUUAUGCUUAUAAAGUUGUUAAGGAUAAGAUACAACAAGCAAUUGCACAAGUUUUUCAGUUGGAUUACAAUAGUUUAUAUCUGACACAUCCAACAUUCUUUUCAAAGUUGACUGAUGCUGAACCACUGACAGCUCAUGAUGAAUAUUGGCAUAAACAUGUCGAUAAAGAAACAUACAAAGCAUUCCAUUACACUUCCCUAGUGUAUCUUACUGACUUUGGCAAGGACUUUAAAGGAGGAAGAUUUAUAUUCAGUGACAGUGAGUCUGAAGACCAGCAAGCAACUAACAUCACAGUUGAACCGCGCUUCGGACGCGUUUCAAUGUUUUCCUCAGGCGCAGAAAACACACAUUUUGUUGAGCGUGUUACAAGCGGCACACGAUAUGCAAUUACUGUAUCAUUCACUUGUGAUAAAAAGCAAGCAAUUAAGAUUCCUGAACCUACUACGUGAUUUAAUUAAAUUAGCAAUCACUACAGAAACUAAUACAAUUUAAACAUAAGAUGGUAGAUAUUAAUAGUCAAUUUUAGAUAGUGUUCUAGUCACCAGACAUAUAUGUUAAUAUCCGUAAAAUCUCUCCUGUUAUUACUAUUAAUUUCAUUAAUAAUGAAACUUGUUCAUUUGAUCUGACUAGUACUUAACAGCUGACUUCUAAGUAGAAUAUUAAUUGAAUAUGUAACAAGUGACCUAAAAUGCCUCAUGUAUCACAUCAUAUCAUUGUACUUCUCAAAUUAAUAUGAAUAUUACAUUAAGGAAAACGGAACAAUUGCAUCUUCGUGUCAAUACAAAUUGCGUUGCGCCUUGGGAAUUAGAACGUUGAUGGAAACACCUUUAAACUUUCAAUCGGACACAAUCGAAAUUAUUAAACUAGGUUGGCAUUUUAAGUCGGCUUCUCGUCCACGUUAAUAAUUACUUAUUACUUCAGAGAAGUGCAACUAAACUAAGUGUGAUUAUAUUCUGUUAAAAUUUCUUAAUUUUAUAUUUUACUGUUGCAUUAUAAGGUAAUCAUAACAA